CUAUAUUUAAUUAAGAAAAUUAGAAAUUAGACUGCAAAAGAGAUGCCGUGCGACGGUAAAAAUAUUAAUUGCGACAGGAGACGCGAAUUGCUGGCGCAACUGAAAUGUUUAAUCAGUUCCAUGGAAAGAAGGAAACCAUGCGAGUGGGACGAGCCGCCUUGUGAACCAAUAGUGUGUUGCCCUGCAGAAUUACCUCUGUGCCCCUCGCAAUAUUGCGGAAACGCACUCAGAGCAUGCAAGAGUUUCAACUUUCGCUCCAGCAUAAUGUAUAGAUGCGAGUGCAUCAAGAGGAACGGCUUACAAGACAGGUGCAUGAUGUGGGAGUGCAUGGGUAGGCCGGAAUGCAUGACAAAGUUGUAUCCAGUUUGCGGACCGGGUCGUGCCGCUUUAUUGAAACUGACCGAUCUGGGGGAUGCGGAAGUCGCCUUCAGGAAGUUUUAUUGUGCGGAUCAAGCCAGGGAAGCUGCCUUGAGCGCAUAUUGUAGAUUAGUUUGCGACAAAAGUGGCCAAGCUCUGCCAUGUAACAGAGACGCUCCUUGCAUCCCUUACGAAUGUUCAUCAUGUCCUGCGAGAAGUAGCUUUAAUAAUUCGUUGUGCAGGCCGACACCCUGCAGUGAUUUGCCGCAAUUUUGCAUACCAUCGCUGACAUAUCCUGAUUGUUGUACGUUAAAAUCCUGCGACAUGUGCGCGCCUUGCGACUUGCAGGAAUGUUCUUUUCCACGUAGUCCACCUUUGUUAACGUGCUUGCCUUACUAUUCGCCAGUUUGUUUACCUUCAGUGCCUUGUUGCAAUUAGCAGCACUUGAAUUCUCGGAACAUUGAUUUUAUAUUCUUCGAUUAAUCGAACAAUUAUUAAUUUUAUAUUUUUCAAAAAUUGUUUACGUUUUUUUUUAAAUACAUUAUUCUCUGUCUUGUAUUAACCGAGUCCACCGCUUUUGUGUCUAUUCGCUAUUGCGAAACUAUGAUAACAGUUACGUUUCUUAUGUUAAUUCCGUAACAUGAUAAUAAUAAUCGAACAAUAAAUAAAAUAAAAUGUAGAAAGCA